AUGCCAACAUCUUGUUUACUAGUUGGGUCUAACCCAAAUGUUGCAUUUUACGCUUGGAGAUUUUAUCAAUCAAACACGGUUGCCGUGUCAAUAAUGAAUUCAAGUGUUGAUCCUAAAUCCCCUAUUACAUGGAAAUCAUCUCAACUUGGAAUGUCCCAAUAUACCCCCGAUAAUUCAUAUUCAUCAUUCAAACAGAUCCCUAAUUCCCAAAAGUUUGAUAUUGUUAUCACCAGUUGUAGUUCUUUGCAAGAUUUUCAAGGCAUAUGUCAAGGGUUAACCCAUUUACUUCAUCAGGAUUCUAUAAUAUUGGUGGAACUGACAGGCUACAUUAAAUUGGAACCGUAUGUGUCGACCAACUUCCCUAAUAACCCUUCCCUUGUUGUUGGAUCUAUCAUGAAUGAGAGUGAUGUUAGAAUGGUAUCGCGCAAUGAAUAUUACCACCAAAUUAGAAAUAAAGAUUCACGAAUUUAUCUUGGUUGCACCACCUCUGAUUCCACAUCAUCUAAAAUAGCUAAUAAUAAAAAUUUUCAAAAAGUUUAUAAAUUACUACAGACCGUACAAGAAGAAUCUCAUGGUUCCAUUACAUUGUUGAAAUCUUUAAAUCCAACUGAAUUUACCACUUAUCAAUGGAAAUUGGCAUUGCCUCGUGUAAUUUUUAGUCCAAUCAUGACGCUAUUUGAACUUGAAUUCCCUGAAGCAUUGGAAAAGCAUAUAUUGUCAAAACCGUUGAUUACUGGGUUGAUAAACGAGUUAUUUAAGCUCAUUAAAAAAAUGGGUUGCAAAUUGGUCAAAGGGUUUGAGAAUGAAAAAAAUUUGUUAAACUAUUGGGAGAAUGUUUUCCCAACAGUAAACCAAAAUGAGAAUUUUAUGAAUUCCCCCAAUUUUUUCUAUAAUUUCCACAAACAAUAUGAUUUAGAACUUGAUUUAUUAUUAUUGCAACCAAUUUUAUUAAGUGAUGAUAAUGGAGUGAGAACGCCUUACUUGGAAAACAUUUAUUCCACUAUGAAUCAAUUUCAAAAAAUCAAUUCACCUACUGGUUCUUUGUUUUUCGAACGAAAAUCUUCUUCCAAGAAUUCUUCUGCCACCAAUGGUGCCUCUUCUAAAGAGUUAGAUGAGAAUAUCCAGGGAAAAUUACAAAAACAAAAGAAAUUAGAUCUAGCAAUAAAAGAUAUUGAAAUUGCCAAGAUCAGCUUGGAUAACGAUAUGAUCAAACAAGAAAUGAAUUUGAAAAGCAUCCAACAAAAGAUUGUCGAUGCUGAAUCCAAAUUAUCAAACUUACAAUAUGAUCAAGACAGGAAAACCAAAUCCAUUCAGUAUGAGAAUGAGGAAAAAAUAAAACAACUUAUUAAUGAACACGAACGUACAUACCGAUCAUUAGAUGAACAACAUCAACAGAAAAUUAAAAGUUUAGAACAGGAACACACAUCAUUAGAAGCGAAAUAUAAACAAAAAAUUAAAGAGUUAGAAGAACAAUACAAUAGAAAGAAUCAAUCAAUACCAGUAAACAACACAUCACCAGUUUCAAUACCGGAACAACAACCAACACCAGUACAAGAAAAUACUGUAUCUGGUGCCAAAAAUGUUAACCGUGAUUCGGUCAUGACUCUGGAUGGGUUCCAAGAUUAUAAACAUUUGGUAGAAUAUGAAGGAGCUAUUGGUCCAAAUACUCCCGUUAUCCAACAAAAACCACAAAAUUCUCCUGUUGAACCUAGAAACCAAAAUGGCAGUGGCAAUUUUGUUGAUGCUAAUGGUGGCGGGGCUCAAGUAUUUAGACCACAUCAAAGUGAUAGAGAAGGUCAACCACAACAACAGCAACAACAAUAUCAGUCCUAUAACAACGGAUCUCAACCUAAUGGCUACGCUUCUUCGCAACAACAAUACUAUGAUCAACAACAACAACAACAACCACAGCAACAAUAUAGAAAUGGUCCACCACCAAUGCAACAAUAUUAUAAUAACAACAAUGGAGCAAUUCCACCACCACAGCAGCAAUAUUAUCAAAAUAUUAACCAACCAAAUUCAAGACCUCCAUACAAUCAAGGUAAUGGAAAUAUGUAUGCCAACGACCAAGCUCCACCUCAUGGAUUACCAAAUGGUGGAAUGUCUCAAGGCAAUUUCCCACCUAACUUGAGACCUAAUGGAUCAAUGCCAGGACUUAACAAGUAUCAGCAGUAUCCACCUAUGCAUUCAAAUCCUCAACAUCAAAAUAUGCCACAAAAAAGAUUGGAUUCAUUGACUGGAUCUAUCAGUUCAUAUUACGAUUUUCAACAACAGCAACAGCAACAAACGCAACAUCAACAACCACCACAAUCACAACCACAACCACAUCAACAUCAUAGUUUCAAUAAUGCUGCCCCAAUUGAUCCAUUCCUUGAACAACGAUUCAAAACCAACCCAAAGAAAUCAAAUCGUCGUUCUCAGAUGCCUCUUGCUGGUAAUAUAGAUGGUUUAGAUAUGGGAGGUAGAGGUGGUAUGCCAUUACCAGGAACCAAUCGUAAAUCCAUGAAUGUGAUUAGCAAUUAUGGAAAUGGUAAUGGAAUUGCUCCAGCAUCUAGACGUGCUAGUUCUGGUGGUCCUCUUAUGUUAAACGGUAAUGGUGGUCAGCAAGUGUCCCAACAACAACAACAACAACAACAACAACAGGGACCACACACCCUGCAACAUGGAAAUUAUUUGAGACCACCUAGUAUGAAUGAUUCACAAACUUCUUCGUCUUCGGCCAAUUCUAAUGAUACACCCAAGACACAAAAUGAUACUAUUCAAUUGAACGUUCCUACUAUGGAUUCAAUGAAUGCUAAACCAUUAGGAGGGAUUGCUUCAGGUAACAACAACAACAAUAAUAACAACAACCACUCGCAUGAGAAGAAGAAAAAAGGGAUCUUUGGUAAAAAAAAGUAA